AUGCUGAUGUGAGCGACACCAGAGUCGUGUUUGUCUUUUGAAAAACAGUGGACGGUCUUUCGCGAUACAAAUGUCAACGUGACAACUGUCCCUGAGCAAAAUCACCGGGUCGGGGCCGGUGUGAAUGAUAAAUAAUAAAUUAUCAAGUAAACGCUAAAUUGUCGAGGCAGUCGUCGACGCUUCCGUAAGGUGAGACGAAAAUGGGGAACGCCAACUCUGCGCAACCCUCAAAGAAUCAGAAGGACCGGAAAGAGGGUCGCUGCAACGCAGAUACCGGAAAAGGUAGACAACCGGCGAACGGAAGCGGCAGAGCCGCCGGUCAAAGUUCGCAGAAUACGCACGUCUGGCCUCGAGCGACGAACCCCUUCAUCAUUUUCUUCCUGCAACUUCGCAGCAAGAAGCCAAAUGAGCAUGUCACCGUGAUAGCACGAGCCGCGGGUAAAUUGUGGUCCCGGAUGACUCUCGAACAAAGGCAAAAGUAUGUGGAUCUCGCCAACGAGGAGAAGAAACGGCGCCAGGAGAGGAAACGAAAGAGAAAACGUUCGUCCAAACGUUCGAGGAUGAAGUAACAAAGCUUGUCGAGGAAUCCGCGCAAGAUAAAUCUACACAUUACAUCGUCAUAUAAAGGCACCUGGAAACGAUCGAAGACAUAAUGACGUAUUUUUGAUUUCUUUUUUAUUUGUUAGUAGUCCUUUUUUUUAGAUCUAUGUACAAUAAAUAUUGAUGUAUUUUUAUACAUUAUUAAUUAUUUUAUCAUUUAAUUAUACUCUAAUCUAGGCGGUCAGCCGUUUUUCUUUCGUUUUUUUCGUUCUCUCGUCUGAAAAAAUUAAACUCGUAACGUUUCGUACCAUAAAUAUAUUAUUUUUUGUUAUCGUCACGACCGUUCCGCGAAGCGUCGCCCACAACGAGGGAGGGAAAUUACGCGGUUUCGGGGCAAUGUGUUCAUGGUAACGCGUUCACGCUACCAUUGUUCCUCUUUCCUUCACUUCGCGAAGGGAAAUCGACGUACGCGCACGCUUUCUCUCGCGAUUUCGAUACAAAAAAUAAUUUCGGCACGAGUCUCGCGACGCUUCGUGGAAGGGCCUGAUUGCGCGCUCCGUUAUUCUUUCCGAAACUAGAGCUACCCUCUCGCGAUAUUACAUAAUAAAAACAUACAAUAAUGAAUAUCGAACAAAGGCGUGACAUCGUAUAUGCGAAAAUUAAAAUAUAAUGUAUGAUUAUGUAGUUGUAUCCACUUUGUGUUUGUGUGUGCGUGUGUGUGUGAAUGUGAAUGUGCGAGUGUGUGUGUGUGUGUGUGUGUGUGCGCGCGCGAGUAUACAUUGUUUUGUGUACGUGCAAUGUUUCAUCAUCUGUCACAAUAGUCAAUUAUUAUUGAUAAAUAUAAUAAUGAUAACAAGUGAUAAAAAUUAUGUAAACGAUG